GUAUGGUGGAAAAAAAAGCUACGCUUUACGUCAUCACCGCGCGACUGUUGUCGAUUAUUAUUUACACCAGUGGAGUCCAGUCAACUACGAAUCCGUUCGCUGCCGAAUUGUUCCACGUCGUCCUUCUUUCGGUGAUAUUUCAUGGCGCCGCAAAAGACCAUCCCGUGGUCGGUUAGCGAGGUGACGCAGUUUCUGAUGCUGGUGGCCGACGAGAAGAUUCAAGUGGAGCUGGACGGCACUCGCAACGAGAAAGUGUACCGCGAACUGGCCCAGCGAAUGGCCUCGUUCGGUUACGAGAGAACCUUCCGCCAGUGCCGCGAGAAGCUCAAGAAGCUCAAAAGCGACUACCGGUCCAUCAAGGACAACAAUUGCCGCGGAGGCUCCAACCGCAAGAGCUGGAAGUGGUUUGGACAUAUGGACGCCAUCUAUGGACACCGGGACCGGGACAACGGCAACCGCCUGAGGGACGACUCCAGUUUCCUGGAAGUCAUCAUCGCCGACGAGUUGAGCCCAACAUUGGAAAGCCCUACAUUGGAGGACAACACUAUGAGCCCCAAAGGCGACUCUGCGGUGCCUCCAGAAUCCAUGCACAUCCUUUCACAACACUCCGAGAUGGACUCCGACGUAGAAGAAGACGAUGAUGUCAGCGUUCCGGAAUUUUCACCGCCAAAGCGCAAUGGACGUCGGCGGACGCCGUGCGACUCUGACCUGGUGGCUGUCCUGCGCGAGAUUCACUCUACCGAUGUGGUUCACCACCGCGUCGAGGAGGCGCAGCAGGAGCGCGCCAUCCGCCUUCAGGAGCUUCAGUUAGAGCAGCGGGCUGAACACUUCCAACUGGCCCUGGAGGAGAUGAGACUAUCCAGGGAGACGGAGGAAGCUCUCAGGAGACAGGAGCUGGACGCAACCAACGCCUUUAACCAGGCCUUCUUGGCCAUGCUCGGGAAGCUGGUGGAGCACUCUGACUCACAGCGACCAUGAAGAAAUGCCCCGACAGUAUGGUGGCGUGGACAAGAUGGACGGUUGCAACAUUCGCAGGAGGUUGAAGAAAUGCUGGGAUCUUUGAGUGAGGUUGACGACCAGUGCGGAUGACAAAACGGUGAGACCUUACAAUGAACUUGACAAAUUGGCGUAACAUUUUGUUGACAAAAUGGUGAAAAGUUCACUUGGACAUAAAUGGAACCUUGCGGUGACACAGACUAAAUGUUGGAUCAUUCUGAGUGCCACUCGCAAAAUGUCGGAUCAUUCCAGGGAUGAAAUGAUGUCUCUCUGUGGAUUCUGCCACUCGAGAGUUUUAUUUAUACAGGGACGAUUGACAGCUGCCAAAUCACCUGAGGUUGACUCCAUGUUCAGCUCAUGGUUUUAAGUUCAUCCUAACUGAUGGACAACUUGAGGAGGAAGUGCAAGUCACAAAACAAACACAAGAGGGCAGCAGAGCACUUCCAUACACUAGGUUGCGACCUCAAUGCCAAAAAAAAAAAAAAAAGAAUAUUCUUAUAAUCAUGUGUUUACACUCGCUGGGCACUUUAUUAAUUGCAUUAGCACAAUAAUAUGCGGUGUAAAAAAAUUAAUUCAGCCAAUUGUAAUACAGUACUCGCUUUUGAUUGACAAUUGUACCUAAUGAAGUGUCCAGUGAAUGUACUUUUCUGGUGUGAUCGGAAUGAAUAUUAUAUAUUGGAGCUAUUUUAUUUGAUUAUUUUUCUGUCCCUGUUAAUUCUCCAUCAGGCCAAAGUAAUUAAAGUUUUUAUUGUCAAACGUAUAUUGUCAAAACGUUUUGCUCAAC